UUUUCACUACAAAAAGUGGAGUGACCGACCCAGAAAGGAAGCCUCCACCGCCACCACCACCACCUGACCACCACCACCGCCACCUCCCUCUCUCUCUCUCUAGAUGGAGACACGCCCUAUAGGCUAUAGGUAUGUCUUAGAACUUCUUGCUCUCUCUCUAUGAGGACGGAAUUGCAGCUAUGGGUUGCUGACCUAACGCUCUCUCUACACACCUCUCUGUUUUAUUCUGUUCUUUGCAUUUUUGGUGGGUUUUUUUUUGCCGUUUUCCUCAACAUACACGAUAGCCCACUGUGUUUUUUCUACGAAACACACUCGUACUUUUGUUUAAUGAACACAAGGUGUUGCCAGGCUUGAAGAACAGAUAGUUUUCAGUUUCUUUCUUCUUUUUUCGCUGGGAGUUUCAUCAAUUGAAAGAUGAGAAAGGCGAAUGUAGACCUGUUCUGUUCUUUAAACCGGCGGAGAUCAGUUCGGAUGCUGAUUGCAUUGGGGCUUGUUUACGUGCUUCUGGUGAUUUACGAAGUUCCCUUUGUUUUAAAAUAUGGGUUGAAUUCAGUAGCUCGAGAAGGUUCGUUAGGUAAUAGUCAUGGGUUUGUGAACUCCAAGCCUGUUGUGAUGGAGAGCGAGGAGAAUUUGGAGGAGAAAGAGGCGCCGCUUCGCCCUCUUGAUAUCGCAUAUCAAUCAAAACCCGAUAGGAAAAUCAAAGAGUUCACGAAAAAGCAGCUGUCGGGCUUGAAUUUCACUGCUGGAGUUGUGAUUUCGGGCCGGGAAAAUGGGAUUUGGAAGUCUGCGAAAGAUGCCCUUGAGGUGGGCAGAAAGCUCUGGCAAGAACUCGAAUUGAUUGAGAAGAGUAGUAGCGAUGGAGGUUCUAGCGGUGUAACAGUUCUUAACAAUAGCAGCAGUAGUAAGUUUGAGGAGUGCCCUCAUUCGAUAUCGGUUACUGGGGAUGAAUUCUUGAAGAAGGGGAGAGUGAUGGUGUUGCCUUGUGGGCUGACAUUGGGAUCACAUGUAACGCUUGUCGGGAAGCCGAGGGCAGCCCACCCAGAGACUGACCCCAAGAUUUCCCUGUUGAAGGAGGGGCAGUAUUUGAUGGUUUCACAGUUUAUGAUGGAGUUGCAGGGGCUGAAAACGGUUGAGGGCGAAGACCCGCCGAGGAUCUUGCACUUUAAUCCGCGGUUGAAGGGGGAUUGGAGUGGGAAGCCUGUUAUUGAGCACAACACUUGCUACAGGAUGCAGUGGGGAACAUCUCAACGAUGUGAAGGUUGGAAAUCUCCGGCUGAUGAGGAGACUGUGGAUGGGUUGGUGAAAUGUGAAAAGUGGAUUAGGGAUGACGAUAAUGGGUCCGAGGAGUCGAAGGCAAGCUGGUGGUUGAACCGGUUAAUAGGACGAACUAAGAAGGUGGCUAUUGAUUGGCCAUUCCCUUUUGCGGAAGACAAGAUAUUUGUGUUAACUCUUAGUGCUGGCUUGGAGGGUUAUCAUGUGAACGUUGAUGGGAGGCAUGUUACGUCAUUUCCAUAUCGCCCCGGAUUUACCCUCGAGGAUGCAACUGGGUUAUCCUUGAAUGGGGAUGUUGAUGUGAUUUCCAUUUUUGCGGCUUCCUUACCCAAAUCACACCCCAGUUUUGCUCCCCAGCGACAUCUUGAUUUAUCAGACAGAUGGAAGGCUCCGCCUAUUCCAGACGGGCCAGUUGAACUGUUCAUUGGUAUUCUUUCUGCAGGCAAUCACUUUGCUGAAAGGAUGGCUGUCAGGAAGUCCUGGAUGCAGCAUAGGCUAAUCAAAUCCUCAAAAGUGGUUGCACGUUUCUUUGUAGCUCUGCACGGAAGAAAGGAAGUGAAUGCAGAAGUAAAGAAAGAAGCUGAGUUUUUUGGGGACAUUGUCAUAGUACCGUACAUGGACAACUAUGACCUUGUUGUUCUGAAAACUGUUGCUAUCUGUGAAUACGGGGUUCGGACUGUAUCUGCCAAUUAUAUUAUGAAGGGUGACGACGACACAUUCGUUAGAGUAGAUGCAAUCAUUGAUGAAGCAAAGAAAGUGCAGAAGAAUAAGAGCUUGUACAUUGGAAAUAUGAAUUAUUAUCAUAAGCCUCUGCGAAGUGGGAAAUGGGCUGUUACAUAUGAGGAAUGGCCGGAAGAAGAGUAUCCACCCUACGCAAAUGGGCCAGGCUAUAUCAUCUCAUCUGACAUUGCAAACUUCAUUCUUUCGGACUUUGAGCAACAUACAUUGAGGCUGUUUAAAAUGGAAGACGUUAGCAUGGGAAUGUGGGUGGAGAAGGUCAAUAAAUUGAGACCAGUGCAGUACUUUCACAGCUUGAAGUUCUGCCAAUUUGGUUGCAUAGAAGAUUAUAUCACCGCUCAUUACCAGUCCCCAAGGCAGAUGAUCUGUCUCUGGAACAAACUGAGUCAGACAGGCAGGCCAUUAUGCUGCAACAUGAGAUGACACUUGCACUAGAACAUAGGAUCUUCCAAGAGAUGAGACAGGCAAAUUUUGCAGUGAUAGAUAUAGGGAAGCUGCUUCGUGGGCUUCUGAAGGUUUCUUGGUACUUUUUAUUUCUCUCCUUUGGUGUUCUUCUCUAGAUUCGCUGAGGAUGGAAGAGAAUGAAGUAAAGAUGCAGACGCUAACAGUAGAAUCUUUGGCAGCUUUGUGAUAGAAAACUGAGAUAAUAACAUAGUUUCUUGUUCUUCUUUCUGGUACAUAAUCCUAAGUUAAUACAUUCUUGAUGUGUUGCACUGUAAAAGUGGGUUUGUCUUUCUAACAUGAGUUGCUGUUUUGUGGAUUUUGGGGAAUUUGGUUGUAAUGCAAAAUUUCGUGUUUCUAAAUUUAUUAAAACAAGAAAAAUAUUACAAAUGA